CGCACCCUCAGUUCAAAUGCACACACACACACACACACACCAGGACUGAGGGGAAGACAUGAGCAGCUUCUUCUCUCCAGAGGUUCCUCCACACAGAAGGUGAACGUGUCCGUAAACUGACCUGAGGUCAGUUCAGCAGUGUGUGUGUCCUGUGACGUGAGUGUUGUGCAGCAGGUGUGUGUGAAGGUGUGGACUCUGCUAUGCAUCAGUGGGAGGACAGAGAGGAGGGAGUCCCUCCCUCUAAAACCUCUCUGUGUGGGGAACAUGACAGCCAGACCAAAGCUCAGAGACCAGACUCACCGGGACCGGGACCUGGACCGGGACCUGGACAUGGAUCUGGACCCAGCUGUGUGUCCCUGAAGAGUGACCGGUCUAUGGGAUUCGUGAUGGAUUUCAAAGAUGGAGUUCAGCCUGUUGGGAUCCAUCAGCAGAGAGAUGACUCUCCUCGAGCUGGACCGGGACCUGGACCCAGCUGUGUGUCCCUGAAGAGUGACCGGUCUAUGGGAACCCCGAUGACAUUUAAAGAUGGACUUCAGUCUGUUGAACUAAGAGUUCAGCAACAGAGAUCCCAAGUGAUCCCAGGAGACCUGGACCCCAUAUUUAAGCUGCUUGAGAAGAACAUUGUCAGCUUUAUGAAGAGCGAGCUGAAGAAGAUGCAAAAGGCCCUAAAUCCAGAUCACCCAGAAGGCCCUGCGGGUCGGAAGGAAGAUGAGGAGGUGUUGGACGGUGAGGAUGAAGAGCAGAUGAGGAGCAGCGGGGAAGCAUUUCUGAAGAUCACACUAAACUUCUUGAGGAGAAUGGAGCAGGAGGAGCUGGCUGACUGUCUGCAGAGCAAAACUGGUGUGACUACAGCCCAACAUGAACUCAAGUCUAACCUGAAGAAGAAGUUCCAGUGUGUGACUGCAGCCCAACAUGAACUCAAGUCUAACCUGAAGAAGAAGUUCCAGUGUGUGUUUGAGGGGAUCCCUAAAGCAGGAAACCAAACCCUCCUGAACCAGAUCUACACAGAGCUCUACAUCACAGAGGGAGGGACUGCAGAGGUCAACGAGGAGCAUGAGGUCAGACAGAUUAAAACAGCAUCCAGGAAACCACACAGACCAGAAACACCCAUCAGACAAGAAGACCUCUUCAAAGCCUCUCCAGGAAGAGAGGAACCAAUCAGAACAGUGAUGACGAAGGGAGUGGCUGGCGUUGGGAAAACAGUCCUAACACAGAAGUUCACUCUGGACUGGGCUGAAGACAAAGCCAACCAGGACAUCCACUUCCUGUUUCCAUUCACGUUCAGAGAGCUGAAUGUGCUGAAAGAGAAGAAGUUCAGCUUGGUGCAACUUAUCCAUCACUUCUUCACUGAAACCAAAGAAGCAGGAAUCUGCAGGUUUGAAGAGUUCCAGGUUGUGUUCAUCUUUGACGGUCUGGAUGAGUGUCGACUUCCUCUGGACUUCCUCAACAAUGAGGUCCUGACUGAUGUCACAGAGUCCACCUCAGUGCAUGUGCUGCUGACAAACCUCUUCAGGGGCAAACUGCUUCCCUCUGCUCGCCUCUGGAUAACCACAAGACCUGCAGCAGCCAAUCAGAUCCCUCCUGACUGUGUUGGCUUGGUGACAGAGGUCAGAGGGUUCACUGACCCCCAGAAGGAGGACUACUUCAGGAAGAGGUUCAGGGAUGAGGAGCAGGCCAGCAGGAUCAUCUCCCACAUCAAGACCUCCCGAAGCCUCCACAUCAUGUGCCACAUCCCAGUCUUCUGCUGGAUCACUGCUACAGUUCUGGAGGACGUGUUGAAGACCACAGAGGGAGGAAAGCUGCCCAAUACCAUGACUGAGAUGUACAUCCACUUCCUGGUGGUUCAGUCCAAAGUGAAGAUGGUCAAGUUUGAAGGAGGAGCUGCAACGGAUCCACACUGGAGUCCAGAGAGCAGGAAGAUGACUGAGUCUCUGGGAAGACUGGCUUUUGAUCAGCUGCAGAAAGGGAACCUGAUCUUCUAUGAAUGCGACCUGACCGAGUGUGGCAUCGAUAUCAGAGCAGCCUCAGUGUACUCAGGAGUGUUCACACAGAUCUUUAGAGAGGAGAGAGGACUGUACCAGGACCAGGUGUUCUGCUUCGUCCAUCUGAGUGUUCAGGAGUUUCUGGCUGCUCUUCAUGUCCAUCUGACCUUCAGCAACUCUGGUGUCAACCUGAUGGCAGAAAAACAACCAGGAGCUAAAGGCCUUGGUUGGCAUAAAGUAUUGAGAGCAGAACCUAAACUCAAACAUCUCUACCAGAGUGCUGUGGACAAGGCCUUACAGAGUCCAAAUGGACACCUGGACUUGUUCCUCCGCUUCCUCCUGGGUCUUUCCCUGGAGACCAAUCAGAGUCUUCUGCAAGGUCUGCUGACACAGACAGGAAGUAGCUCACAGGCCAAUCAGGAAACAGUCCAGUACAUCAAGAAGAAGAUCAGUGAGGAUGGUUCUCCAGAGAAAAGCAUCAAUCUGUUCCACUGUCUGAAUGAACUGAACGAUGGUUCUCUGGUGGAGGAGAUCCAACAGGCCCUGAGAUCAGGACGUCUCUCCACAGAUGAACUGUCUCCUGCUCAGUGGUCAGCUCUGGUCUUCAUCUUACUGUCAUCAGAAGAAGAUCUGGAGGUGUUUGACCUGAAGAAAUACUCUGCUUCAGAGAAGGCUCUUCUGAGGCUGAUGCCGGUGGUCAAAGCCUCCAACAAAGCUCUGCUGAGUGGCUGUAAACUCUCAAAGAGAAGCUGUGGAGCUCUGUCCUCAGUCCUCAGCUCCCAGUCCUCCAGUCUGAAACACCUGGACCUGAGUCACAACAAGCUACAGGACUCAGGAGUGAAGCGCCUCUCUGCUGGACUGGAGAGUCCACAUUGUAGACUGGAGACUCUGAGUCUGUCACGCUGUGGGAUCACAGAGGAAGGCUGUUCUUCUCUGGGAUCAGCUCUGAAGUCAAACCCCUCCAGUCUCAGAGAACUGGAUCUGAGCUUCAACAAGCUGCAGGAUUCAGGAGUGAAGCUGCUGACUGGUUUUCUGGAGAGUCCACAUUGUAGCCUGGAGACUCUGAGCACCAGCGCCGAGGCCCCGCGGUGAGGGGACGGGUAGGCCGAGCCGGUCCCGAGGAAAGUCACAUCCAUGGUCAUCCUCCCGGAGCUACGGGACGACGGCGGGACGGAGCCGGUCUGCGGAGCCGAGGCGGAGCGGGUGCUCGGCUCGCUGUAAACAGUCGCACUGCGAUGACGCGUCGAGGGCGACGGUGCGGCGUUAAAGGAAAGUCCGAUUUUCGAGAAGUGUGUGAAUGUGUAUAAUCCUCUGGUAUAACGCGGUAUAUUGAUUUAAAAUCCUCCUGAAACUCACCUGCUUGUGUUGACAUCUCUCUUUUUGCAGGCAUAGUGAUUUAAAAAGGGAACAAAGAAUACAUUUUAUGUUCAACUGCAUUUUCAGACCCGUUUCCUGCUUUAUUGCAGUGAAAUUUCUCAAAGCUUGAAUUUAAAAUAAUUAAAAUACACAAAGACUAGCACUGGGUUUUAAAUAUAUGAAACACGAGUGGCUAAAUUAUAUCUGCAGCCAAAAGGAGGUAAAACUGUU